AUGGCGAACGGCUGGGCCCCCAUCAUCGGCCUCAUCGUUGUCGUCAUCUUCUGCGCCGCAGCCUGGGUUCUAGCGCCAAAGGGCGAAAACCAGACGUACGUUUACCGCACCAUCCCCUCGUCCAAGACGGCCUCGACGCCAUCCAAGCCCUGUCUGCGCACCAAAGUCUCGUCGCAGAAUCUCGGUGCUGCUGCUGCCGUCGACGACCAAGACGACAAUGAGAGGAAGCUGCGCGGCGGCACACCGGGGACGAAGCGCGUACACUUUGCAUAUGAUGGCGAGACGGUUUGGCGAUCUACUCUUGUGCUUUCUGCCGCUGCCAUGUACAUCAUGUGGGCUAUUACUUUCCUUGCACAGCUUCAUCCACUCAUUUCGCCCGUACGAAACGACCUGCGACCAGAGUUGAACGGGGGACGCUAA